GAACUUCCAAUUUUUGUGAAUUUGCGUCUCGUCAAUAUGCACCAAAUGAAUAAAUAUCAUGCAGGCUAUAAUCAUUGGAUUUACCUUAUCGUUCAUUAGUACCUUCAAAUCUACAGAAUCUUAUCCUCAUUGUUCAAAUAUUACCAAUGUUCAACGUUUAGAUUGUUAUCCAAAUUUUGGUUCUAAUGAAGGUGGAUGCAUCAAAAGAGGAUGUUGUUGGGUGCCUAAAAGUGGAAAUAAUGAAUUACCAUACUGUUAUUUUCCAAAAGAUUAUUCUGCAUAUAUUGUAUUAUCAACUGAGAAGACUAAACGAGGCUUUAUUGGACAAUUAAGCAAACCUUAUCCAACCUAUUACCCAGAUGAAAUAAAAAGUAUUGUCGUUGAAAUUAGAGAGGAGACUUCCACUAGACUUCGUAUACGAUUUACUGUACCUUCACAGCCAGACAGAUGGGAACCACCUAUUCCAUUGGGAAAUGCGGAUGAUACUCCCGUAAAAAAUGUUCAAUACAAAGUUGACAUGGAAAAAUCACCCUUUGGAUUAAAGAUAAUAAGAAAUACUAAAGAGCAAGAUGUACUUUUGGACUCAACUGGACAGUUGGCUAGUUCGCUUAUAUUUUCAGAUCAGUUUUUGCAGAUAUCAUUUCGUGUGAAUGCUCAAGUAAGCUUUGGUCCUGGGGAAAUAGAACAAAAAUAUCCAAACGCCUUUGAUACGUGGACGCGAGUAGCUCUUUGGGGUCACGAUGGAAAUCCACAGUCGUAUGCGAAUCUAUAUGGAACUCACAAUUUCUUCAUGGGUUUAAAGUAUGAUGGCACAGCAUUCGGAAUCUUCUUUUUAAACAGCAACGCACAAGAAGUAGCAAUAACACCUCUACCAGCCAUCACAUAUAGAACCAUUGGUGGAAUAUUAGAUUUCUUCGUAUUCACUGGACCAAAACCACUAGAUGUGAUUAAUCAAUAUUAUAAUCUUAUCGGUCAUCCAACGAUACCCCCAUACUGGUCACUAGGAUUUCAUAUAUGUAGAUAUGGAAUGAAAAAUCUGGAUGAAGUCAAAGAAGUCCUCAAGCGAAAUAUGGAAGCUGGAAUUCCGAUAGAUGCUCAGUGGUUUGACAUUGAUUAUAUGGAUGCAUACAAAAUUUGGUCAGUGGACACGAAACGAUUUGAUGGAAUGAAUGUUUUUGUUAGGGAUGUUUUACGCAAGAAUUAUAGUAUGAGAACAGUGUUGAUUGUAGAUCCAGCUAUUAGCACAAAAGGUGGUCCCGGAUAUCGUCCAUAUGAGGAUGGCAUGAGACUCGGUAUUUUCAUUAAUGAUAGUCGAACCGGAACACCGAUUCUAGGUACCGUGUGGCCAGGUGAAACAGUUUUCCCAGAUUUCUCACAUCCGUCUGCUGAGGAUUGGUGGUUCAAGUCGGCGUCUGAUUUCCACAAAGUGAUUAACUUCGAUGGUUUGUGGAUAGACAUGAACGAACCGGCCAAUUUCGAUUGUGGUUCACUCAGUGGUUGUUCAUCAUCGAAUACCCUUGACAAUCCGCCUUUUGUCCCGAAAAUUCUCGGAAACUCAUUAUACGACAAGACAAUCUGUCCAUCAGCCUUACAUUACAACACAACACACUAUAAUUUGCAUAAUAUAUAUGGUUACGAUGAAGCACGAGUGACGCACAAUGUUUUGACUCGAAUGUUUCCUGAUAAACGACCUUUCAUAUUGACACGUUCAAGUUUUGCAGGUUCAGGUUUGUAUGCCGCUCACUGGACAGGAGAUGUUUUAUCGAAUUGGGAUAGUUUGAAAAUGUCUGUGGUUCAAAUCAUUAACUUUAAUAUGUUUGGCAUUCCGAUGGUUGGUGCUGAUAUAUGUGGAUUUACAGGAAAUACAACAGAAGAACUGUGUGUCCGGUGGAGUCAGUUAGGUGCAUUUUAUCCAUUUUCCCGUAAUCACAAUGAAGAUGAGGCUAUGGAUCAAGACCCUGCAUAUUGGAGUAAAGAUUCUACUGAGGCAAUCAAAGAAUCCUUGAAGUUAAGAUACCACUUACUACCGUAUAUAUACACUUUAUUUUAUAGGUCGUACUUAAAUGGAACAACAGUGGCUCGUGCCCUUGCAUUCGAGUUCCCUGAAGACUUGGCCACACAUAAAGUCGAUUCACAAUUCAUGCUCGGAUCGUGUAUCUUAGUUACUCCAGUGCUAGAUGAGGGUCGGACAUUCGUUGAGGGUUACGUUCCAUCAGGAGAAUGGAUUGAAUUAUCCACUGGCAAACGGUAUUUCAGUCGAGGUACAUGGAAAUAUUUUGAUGCUCCUCUGAAUGUCAUUCCGAUUUCUAUUCGUUGUGGCUGUAUAGUUCCAAUGCAAGUUUCUGCUGAAACAACAGAUAUCGCUCGUAAGAAGGGAUUUGGUUUAUUUGUGAUCUUGUCUUCAACUGAUGAUGGAAGCAGUGCUGCUGGUCAGAGAAUCACAGCAUCAGGUGAAUUAUUCUGGGAUAAUGGAGAUGAUGCUAAUUUAAAUUAUGUACAUGUGAAAUUUGAAGUACGUGAUCGCACUUUAACAGUGACUUCUACACCUUCGAGUGUUGAAAGCUUAGAGAAAAUUGAUUUGAAAGAACUAGAUGUUAAGACUAUUCUUAUAGUUGGUUUCAUUAAAAAGCCUGCAGAAAUUCUUGUCAACAACAAACCGGUAGAUUUUAUGUUUGAUAAUGACUUGGAAACUUGUCAAAUUAAAAAUCAAUCCUUUUUAACUUUAAGUAAAGAAUUUAUAAUCAAAUGGAGAUUUUGAUUAUCUUUCACACUUCCUUCUUUUUACAUUGCUCUUCAUCAUUCAGAUUAUUUUAAAUGGAAUAUAUUAUUUAGCUACCAGAAGUUAUACAAAUAAUUGUGCAUCAUUUUAUAAAUGCGACUUCAAUUAACUGAAUACAUUACUUCUUUCUUUACUGUUAUAUAGUCAUCAAAGUGUUUUGUUGUUGAUUGGUUUACUUACUUUUUAAUCAUGAUUGCCUUGUUUUCUUUUCAGUAACUUAUUCUUAAGGAGUAAUAUUGAUUGUUUAUUCAAAUAACUUUGAUUAUUUAUAUGUUGAAUUAAAUUUGUUCUAUUGAUAAUUCUAAUUUUUCUAAAAUAACAUCAAGAUUGACAUCAGUAUCAUUUAUAGUAUUAUUAUUUACCAGAGAAUAGUCUAGAAAUUCUGUUGCGGUUAAUACUGUUGUUUCUAACUUUAUUGACCUUGAAGACUUUUAAUUUUAGAGAUAUUUUAAUCAUGAGAUUAAAGCUGAUAAAUAAUCCACUGAUUGUGAGGACAAAAUGAACAACUGUUUCGUUCUAGCUUGUGACUCUUCGGAAAUGUGCACCCGUGGACCCUCCAGGGAUUAAAUUAAUAUGUUGUCCGGUUGUCUGCGUCUAAUACUAAUAUAUGUGCUUCUUAUAUUCGUAGCCAAAACAGCUAAUUGAGUGAGAAUAUCUAUGGUAUAUGUCUAUUACCUUGAAAAUUGAGUCAAAUCUUGAUCAGUAAUGUCCACAUAUCAACAUUUAUUACUUAUUAUUUGACCGAUGCCUGACUGGCCUGGCGUUUCAUAAAAUCAGGACACUGAAGUACUACAGGAGCACCAUUCUUUUAGACUGGUAUACUAGAAUCCGUUGGUUUGUAUUUUCAGCGAUAAAGCACUGUACAUGUUCUAUAAACCCCAAUUUAAGUCCCAACGGCUCUUCUUGUUCUUCUAAAUCUUUCCAGCCGAAAUCAGUUACUGUUCAGUUAUAUUUUCUAAAAAGUAUUUCCGUGACACGACUCAGUUAUUAAAAUGCAUGUAAUCGUCUCCACUGUAAGUACUUCUGCCAGUUUAAUUUUCAAAGCUGUUGGAUAUGGAAAGCAUUGUUGAGGUAUUUCGGGUUGAUGAUGGAACAUCAUAAUUAAUGCCCUGUGUAACUAACUACAUGUUUGUUAUAUCAUCUGGAAUAUCCAUAAUAAAACACUUAUACUAGCUUACGAUAAACGAGACAACAAUAAUGAGACAUGUCUGCUUCAUGGGGAAAUUUAUUGCCAUUAAAACUAACCAUAACUUAAACUGAGAAUACAUAAAAUCCUUUAGAAAUCCCUAUGUCCGUACAACAUUCGUUAAUAUAUGGGAAAAUAAACCCAGAAAUAACUGGGUGUAAACGAAGAUAUGACAUCAAGCAGUACUUAAGUACAUCGUCUUUCACAUCCUGAAACUAUUAGCAUUCGGGAUAUUUGUUAUAACCCAGUGAAAAUUAAAUUACAGGUAACUUCCGAAGACUGUUAAUAGACUAAUGUUCUAUAAAUAUUCUUAUUGUAUAAUUAUUCAACAAUUACAUUACGUAUAUUUAUAUUCCUCUUAUUAUAAGCUUUAUUUUGACCUAUAAUUAAUUAUUAUACGAUUUACGGUUCUUAAUCUGUGUUCAGUCUAUUAAUUACUAUCUCCCACGUUCACAGCCACUUUUUGGCUUAUUUGUGUACACAUGUUAUUUUCUAUUUUAUGGUACGUUGUGGUCUGUCUGGUUGAUAUAUAAACCAGGUAUGUCUGAAAUAAACGAUCUGCUCUGAUUCGAUUCAUAUCAC